CUAUGUUCUUCAUUCUGUUAUCUUUGUUCUGUUUUCCAUUCACAGGAUAAGAAUGAAUGUUCUCUCUGACCUUUGGCCUCACUCACGGACAAUGAGAAAAAAUGCUCAUCAGAAGAGGACCAGGAAAAGCAUAAGGAAAAUCAAAGAUAUUACACACAGAAAAUUGGAUAGGAAAAUGAAAUCUUUUGUAUGGGAAAUAUAUGGCAAAAUAUUCCACAGAAAAUCAAAUACAAAGGAUCAUACGAGAGUACACAGAAAAGAGAAGCCAUACAACUGUGAAAUUUGCAGCAAAGCUUUCUCACACAAAUGUACUCAAGUAAGGCACAUAAGAGCAUUUCCAAAGAAGAAAGUGUACAGUUGUGAGAUUUGUAAUAAAGCUUUCCAUGAGAAAGGUUCUUUGGUAAGGCAUACGAGGGUACAUACAAAAGAGAAACCAUAUGUGUGUGACAUUUGCAAAAAAAAAUUUUCUGAGAAAGGUUCACUAGUAAAGCAUUUAAGAGUACAUACAAAAGAGAAACCAUAUGUGUGUGACAUUUGCAAAAAAAAAUUUUCUGAGAAAGGUUCACUAGUAAGGCAUACGAGGGUACAUACAAAAGAGAAACCAUAUAUUUGUGAAAUCUGUAAAAAAGCCUUUUCUGAGAAAGGUUCUGUAGUAAGGCAUUUGAGGGUACAUACAAAAGAGAAACCAUAUAUUUGUGAAAUCUGUAAUAAAGCCUUUUCUGAGAAAGGUUCUGUAGUAAGGCAUUUGAGGGUACAUACAAAAGAGAAACCAUAUAUUUGUGAAAUCUGUAAAAAAGCCUUUUCUGAGAAAGGUUCUGUAGUAAGGCAUUUGAGAGUACAUACAAAAGUGAAACCAUAUGUUUGUGACAUUUGCAAAAAAAACUUUUCUGAGAAAGGUUCUGUAGUAAGGCAUUUGAGGGUACAUACAAAAGAGAAACCAUUUAUUUGUGAAAUCUGUAAAAAAGCCUUUUCUGAGAAAGGUUCUGUAGUAAGGCAUUUGAGGGUACAUACAAAAGUGAAACCAUAUGUUUGUGACAUUUGCAAAAAAAACUUUUCUGAGAAAGGUUCUCUAGUAAGGCAUUUAAGAGUACAUACAAAAGAGAAACCAUAUAUCUGACAUUUGCAAAAAAACCUUCUCUGUGAAAAGCCACUUCGUAGUGCACUUGAGAGUACAUACAAAGGAGAAACCAUACAGCUGUGAGACCUGCAAUAAAGCCUUCUCUGUGAAAAAGCCAUUUAGUAGUGCACUUAAGAGUACAUACGAAGGAGAAACCAUAUAUCAGUAAUUUUUGUAAAAAAAAGCCUUCUCUGUGAAAAGCAAUUUAGUAGUGCACUUGAGAAUACAUACAAAGGAGAAAGCAUAAAGCUGUGAAAUUUGCUUUAAAGACUUCUCAUAUAAAUCUGACCUAGUGAAACAC